AUGAAGUUCUCCAAGUCGACUGCGACUUUACUGUCGCUGGUCUCCGGCACCGCGGCAACGAACACGACAUGCCGACCCAAGAUUGACUCGGAACAGCUCCAAGCUGAUCUCACCACUGAGAACUUAAUGGCCAACCUGGAAGCUCUCAACGAAAUCGCCUUCGCCAACGGUGGAAACCGCGCUUUUGGUCUCCCUGGUUAUGCCGCAUCGGUCGAUUACGUGUGGGAUCGCAUCUCUGCAAUCCCAGCUACGAAGGCAUGGAAACAAGACUUUCCAGCCACUUUUGGGCAGGUCACAUCGAUUGAUUUCAACAUUGACGGCGAGUCGAUUUAUGUCUUUGGUUUGACCUACUCUCCGUCGACGAGCGCAGAGGGUAUCACAGCAGAAAUUGUUCUCGGCCCCGACGGCGCCGCCGGCUGUGAUGCUGCCAACUACGAGGGUUUAAAUGUUCAGGACAAGAUCGUGCUCGUACAGAGAUUCAGGUGCCCUACUGGCGGCACACUUGCCGGAAGAGUCCGCCCUGCCGCUACCGCCGGCGCCGCUGCUGUCAUUGUCUAUCACGACAUCACCACCAACGCGACAGCUGGUUCCCUCAGUGCGCCUGAUCCUGAGGGCUUUGUGCCCGCUGGUUUCAUCAAUCUUGCGGAUGGAUUGAAGAUCAAGGAGCGUCUUGAUGCUGGCGAGACUGUUGAGGCCCACUUCCAGCAGACUCAAAUCGUAGAGGAACGCAUCACCCAAAACGUCUUCGUCGAGACUGAAGAAGGUGACCCACACAAUGUGAUUAUGCUCGGUGCCCACUUGGACAGUGUUCAAGCUGGACCAGGCAUCAAUGAUGAUGGCUCAGGCACUAGCUUGCUUCUGGAACUCUUCCUCGCCAUGACACAGUAUCGAACGAAGAACAAGGUCCGCUUCGCCUGGUGGGGUGCCGAGGAAAAUGGCCUCUUGGGCUCCAAGUUUUACUGCUCCAACUUGCCCGCAUCCGACGUCGAUGACCUUCUCGUGUAUCUCAACUUCGACAUGGUGGCCAAGGGCUUCUUCGGCGUGGCUGACACUGACGGAAGCACCCAUGGAAGCGCUGGUCCCGCCGGAUCAGAUGUUGUCGAACACAUCUACGAGGCAUACUACCAGAGUCAGGGUCUCGAGGUCACGCCCGCCGUCUUGACCAAUGGAAGUGAUUAUGCCUCUUUCUGGCAAAUUCUCGGCAAGCCAUUUGGAUUCUUGCACACUGGUACCGCAGUCGCUCAAGACCCUUGCUAUCACCAGGCCUGUGACACAAUCGACAAUCCUGACCCCAAUACGAUAACUGUCAAUGCUAGGGCCGCUGCCCACAUGCUUACGGUUCUAUCAUUGAAUGGAACAACGCUUAUCCCCAAAACUGCGGUCAACGCCACAAUGCUCACUCAUCUGCAAUCGAGAAGCCUUGAGCCAGAUUUGAUCCAGAUCGAAGAAUUAGAGGCUCUGGGGGAGAGACAUCUUGGAUGUGGACAUGACGUUUAG